GCCACGGAGGAGGCCGCGGGAGGGCCGGGGCCUGAGGUGCUGGCCGGGCCCGGGGAGCCCGUGGAACCGAGGCCGGAGGUCCCGGCGAGGCCGAAGCCUGAGGAGCCGGCGCUGGAGGAGAUGGAGCCGCCGGGUCCCGAAGAGCCGUCGGUCGCGGCGGGACCGCAGGAGCCGGGACCCUCGGAGCCAGAGGACCCGGGGCCCCCGGUGGCCGCGCCAGCAGCCGGCGGGGCCGGGGAGGAGGCGGCCAGCGGCAGGGACGGUGCCGCGGGCGAGGCCCCGGCCGCCCCCGGCGGAGCCGAGGGGAGGAGCGGCGAGGCGGCCGAGGAGCGGGACGUGGGGGAGGAGGGUGAGGCCGAGCGUCGGGAGCGGGCGGAGCUGCUGGAGCAGCACCGGGGGCUGGCGGGCGAGCGGGAGCGGCUGCGGCAAGCCAGCGCCCGCCUGCAGCUGCGGCUAGGCGAGCUGCUGCGGCUGCGGCAGGGCGAGAGGCGGCCGCGGGCGGAGCUGGGCGCGGACGGGCCGCAGCUGUACGGCCAACGCCUCCGGCUGCUGCGGGAGCUGCGGGAGCAGCGGGAACGGGCGGCCGCGGCCUGCCGGGAGCAGGUGGAGGCCCGGCGGCGGAGCGGCGAGGAGCGGCAGGCCCGGGCCCAGGCCGAGUGGGCCGCUUUCCAGGCCCGCAAGAAGGCGGUGGCCGUCUUCAGCCUAGGCCGGCGGCUGGGCGGCAGGGAAGCAGCGGUGAAGGCGGCGGACCGCGCCCAGGCCAGGGAGUGGGACAAAGAACAGCAAGUGCGUGAGGCCCGGGUGGAAAACAUCAAGCUGAAGCAUGAAAUCCAAAACCUUGAGACCAUCUUGAAAGCUCAGGGGGAACUGGCAGUGGGGCAACAUUUUAUGGACUUUGAGCACAUGAAGAAAGAGAAUCAGAAGCACAAUGAAAAGAUUGAUAACCUCAGUGAUGAAAUCUUGAAGCUCAAAAAGAAGGUAUCAAACACAGUAUGCGUUCUCAGCCAGUUCAGGAAAAAACUACAGUUUGUGGAAGCUGAGAAUCAAGGCAGAAGGGCUGAACUGAUGGACAUUAAGACUGCCUUGUCACAGAAGAGAGACAUUCUGACCAAAACCAAACAGGCCAGAGACAGACUGAGGAGAAACAAUUUGAAAUUGCAGCAGAAACGUGGGUUGCUUGGAAAUGAGAUACUGCUUCGGGACUUUGAGGAAACAGUGGAUGCUGUAGAGCUGCUAAGCCAGCGAUUGGAAACACUGAAACGUCACCAUGCGAGUCUGAUCCUUACUUGUAGGGGAAUUCAGAAAAAAAUCAAGGAAGCCAAUUCCCUUUUCCUUGCUGAGGACAGCUGAAGAAAAGAAGGCACAGAAAAGAAAUAAAGGAGUUUUCCAUAACUCUGAUUUUUAACAUGAUUCUUUUUAGUAAGUCCUGGGGAAUACAUUACACCACACUCCUGAAAAAGCUUUUUCUACAUGAUGUGACAGUAUUAUGCAUUCAAUGGAGAGAUUACACUUAUUUUGAAUGGAACCAAAUACAUGUACCUAUCUUAAACAAAAAAGCCACAGUCAAAAGCCUAUGCUUCUGGAAAACCAUCUUAGCAUCCAGUAAAUAAUAAUAUAUAAAUACAUAAAUCUCAUCACUCAAAACUAGAGGUUUUAAUUUUUUUGGUCUUUCAGCUUUUACAGUUUUAGAGGGUACUCAGCUUUGUCCUCCUCAUUCAUGGUGUGUGAAGAGGUAGAGAGUAGUG